CUCUGUGUUGUGCCUCCGUUGAUGCUCCUUGUCCACCAGAUGCCGGCGCGUUUCCGUGGGAAUAGAGCUUCGUUGAAGACAAUAUUUGAGCAGGUGCAUAAAUGGCGUCAGCGGACGACUCUGUUGCCCAGUUCGGGUACUGGAACAUUCGGGGGCUCGGACAAUCCAUCCGACACGUCUUGAACUACUGCGAGGUGCAAUACGAUGAGCGUACGUACGAUUUCGGAGAGAAGAACGACACCCGCGAAAAUUGGUUGAAGGAGAAAUUCACCCUCGGUCUGGACUUCCCGAACUUGCCUUAUCUGAAAAUGGGUGAAGUCAAGCUGACCCAGUCAUUGGCGAUUCUACGGUACCUCGCGCGGAGAGGAGGACUCUUCCCCCAGACUGAAGAAGGCCAGCAGAGAGUCGACGUGAUCGAACAGCAGACAAAUGACAUCAUUUGGGAUUGCGUCCGCUUGUGCUACGGUGAAAGUUACAGCGAUAAAGAGAAGGAAGAGUACAUGAAACAAUUCCAAGAACUGCGCUGUGAACAGCUGGAGAAGUUCCUCGGUGACCGCAAUUACAUCGCGGGCGAGCAACUAACAUACGUUGACUUCCUCCUUUGGGAGACGCUCGACCAACAUCGAACUUUGUGGCCGGAAUACGAGAAAAUGUAUUCAAAACACCCGAAACUCGAGUCUUAUCUGAAACGCAUCGAAGGACUGCCGAAAGUGGCGAAAUUCCUUGAGAGUGAAAAAUGUAUCAAAUGGCCUGUGUGGAGUGAGAGGUCUCUUUACGGUGGACCUAAGAUGGCUGCACCGAGGAGCCCCGUCAAAUAUUAAAAGAGAUUCUAGCGGCCGACAUGCACCGAUGGAUCAGGGCUGUCCUGUCGAAUGCUUUCUCGGACUACAUGAA